CUCCCCUCCAACCCCCAAACCCGACUCUGUGUGACGUCAUCUGGGCUUCCGCGUCCUGCACGGCAGGAAGUUGGCCGUGAAGUCCCGCGGCGGUCCCGGCUCCCGAGGGCGGCCGCGAUGCCUUCGUCGCAACUGGUCAGUCAACUGCUGGAACUAUGUCUUCGGUGCCUAGUAAUCAACAUUUCCAGGUAUAUCUCAGAUAUCAAAUAUUUGCCUCCCAACAUCAAAGAUAGACUGAUUAAAAUAAUGAGCACACGGGGCCGGAUAACAGAUUCCAAUAUAAAUGAGGUGCUACAUCCUGAAGUCCAAAGACUAGAUCUCAGGAGCUGUGAUAUCUCGGACUUGGCUCUCCAGCACCUGUGCAGAUGCAGAAAACUGAAGGCACUAAACCUGAAAUCGUCCAGAGAACAUAGAAACAGCAUCACUUCAGAAGGAAUAAAAGCUGUAGCUUCUUCGUGUUCCGACCUUCAUGAAAUUUCUUUGAAAGGAUGCUGCAGUGUCACUGAUGAAGGAGUCCUUGCUCUUGCACUCAACUGCCAGCUCCUAAAGAUCAUUGAUUUGGGUGGCUGCCUAGGUAUCACUGACAUGUCCUUACAUGCACUAGGAAAAAACUGCCCAUUAUUGCAGUGUGUUGACUUUUCAACUACUCAGGUGUCUGACAGUGGUGUGGCUGCACUUGUUAGUGGACCAUGUGCCAAACAAUUAGAGGAGAUUAACAUGGGGUAUUGUAUAAAUCUAACCGAUACGGCUGUAGAAGCUGUCCUGACUGCCUGUCCUCAGAUACGUAUACUUCUUUUCCACGGCUGCCCCUUAAUAACAGGCUUUUACUCGUGGUGAUUAUCUGAUCUAUCGGGGUCGCAAAAUGGAUCAUUCACGAGAAGUCUUGGAGCAAUUAGUAGGAUCAAGAAAACUAAAGCAAGUGACGUGGUCUGUUUAUUGAUCUUACUGAGGCGGAUUACAGGAGCCUUCCCAGGAACUUAUUAUAACACUAAUUUAUUACUUAUUGUCUUAGUUAAACUGUAACUCCCAGAGAACCAGUUCAAUCUUAAUGUGAACAUUUGUGCUUUUAAGUUAACCAGACUCAGCAUUUAGCACUCCUGUAAUCCCGUAUUUGUUUGAUGACCCAUCUUUUUGUUUUAAUGGUGACCCUGGUGUGAACUGUACCUGAUGGAGAGGAGGCUGGGUUUGUUUUUAAUAACAACAGUUUCAAAUGAUUCAUUUCCCCUUUAUAGUCCUUUCUCUGGUUAGGUAUCUGAGCUGUUGAAUUCUAAAUAAAGAUGCUUUUAAAAGUGUAA